AUGCCUGGACCUCUCAGAACAGAUGCGUCCCCUACGGAGAGGCCUGUGUCACGGGACUCGCCGGAACGGGGAAAGAAGCGUGCAAGGACACAGUCGAUGCCGCCACCAGUGUUGCCCAAGCUAGUUACUGAGCAACAUGUACCCAUCCCGACCACCGACAAAGACUCGCAGCGCCUGAUUGUCAUCCUGUGCAAUGCCACCCUCGAGACAUACAAGGCAUCCCACGGCUCUGGAAGGGGCCCUGGCGCCCGCGAAGACAAGUACAACCUCCUCAACAGCGACGACCACAUUGGUGUCAUGAGGAAAAUGGGGCGUGACAUCGGCGAGGCCAGGCCGGACAUCACACACCAAUGUCUACUCACUCUGCUCGACUCGCCCAUCAACAAAGCGGGCAAGCUUCAGAUAUAUAUUCAGACGUCAAAAAACGUGCUCAUCCGAGUGAGCCCGACGGUGCGCAUUCCACGAACCUUCAAGCGAUUCGCAGGUCUCAUGGUGCAACUCCUCCACCGACACCAAAUUCGCUCCACGACGUCACAAGAGAAGCUCAUCGAGGUAAUAAAGAACCCCAUCACCGACCACCUUCCACCCAACUGCCGCAAAGUCACGCUCAGCUUCGACUCGGAAGUGGUGCGUGUCAGUGACUAUAUUGCUGGUCUCGGGCAGGAUGAGAGCAUUGCAGUCUUUGUUGGUGCCAUGGCCAAGGGCAACGAUGACUUUGCAGACCACAUCAAGGAUGACAGCAUUGCCAUCAGUAACUACAACCUCAGUGCCAGCGUCGCAUGCAGCAAGUUCUGUCAUGCAGCCGAAGAUGUUUGGAACAUCUUCUAG